AUGCUUUCACAAACAAACAGCAAGGAAUUGUCCUCUCUGAUACAACUCAAGCAAAAUGAUCAGGUGGGAAGGUACUAUGAAGUUGUUGCUUCAUCAUCUACAACUUCAUUUGGAAAAUUAAUUCUCCACGAAAAGCCUUUCUGUUUUAUUAUUGAUGAUCGGGAAAGAACACACUGCUGUAAUUAUUGCUUCAAGGCUAAUAUCAAACUCUCCCGAUGCAAGGCUUGUAAAGUCUCUCAUUAUUGUUCCAUGAAUUGUUAUCAUUCCGAUCACCAUUUGAAAGAAUGUAAGGCACUUGCAACGCAUCCAAAAGUAACCAACUCGAUUCGAUUACUGUUAAAAUGUUUCCUAUCAUGUUCGGAUGAGAAACAAUUUGAAAUGAUUCAAAAUCUUGCUCCUUCAUCUUCAUCUGAUGAGAAGGUUGAAGAUAAUCUCAUCAAGUUGGCUAUAUUAUUUGCAGAUUAUGUGAAGGAUGUUGAUUUGUCGAGUUCUUUUCUUGAUAAUAGGAAGGAAGAUUUGGAUUUCAUCUACUUGCUGCUAUUGAAAUUACAACGAAAUACAUUCUCAAUUUGCAAUGAGGAAAUGAAUGCCAUAGGGUCUGGAAUUUACCUGAAAGCCUCCAUGUUUAAUCAUAGUUGUGUUCCAAAUUGUGCAAUUUUAUUCGAUUCAGAUAAGAAUUUGUAUGUGAGGAUUUUAAAUCCUUCAUCGCUGCUUGAGGAGGGAACACCACUGACAAUUAAUUAUGUCGACCUCAUGGAUUUAACAGCUAAUAGACAGAAGAAAUUGAAGGAACAGUAUCAUUUCACUUGUACUUGUCCUAGAUGCCUUAAUAGUAAUGAGGAAGUGAAUGAAAAUGUUGACAAGAUGAUAUCAAUAGCAAAUGAGCACAGAAAGAAUCAAAAUUUACAAGAGGCAGUUAAUUAUUUCCAAAGAAUUGUUUCAAAGAAAAGAUCUAGUCCAUCUCUAUUUCAUGAAAUUUAUAUGGGCAUUGCUCUGAAUUCUCUCACUCACUUGAAUGUAGACUUGUCAGAUUUUAAGAAGGCCUACGAAUUUGGAAUUGAAUCAUUGGAAUAUUUUGAAAAGUAUUACCCACCAUUUUAUCCAUUAUUGGGACUUCAAUAUUUGACAUGUGCCAAGUUGGCUAGUUAUUUGGAAGAAAAUGGACAAGCACGUUUGAAAAUUAAUUCUAGAGAUCUUUUCCAUAAGUGUUUUGCAAUUUUAAAUACUUUAUUUAGGAAUGAGAAUAAUCAACCAUUUAAUUUGUUGAUUGAAAAUAAUAUUUCAUUACCUUAAUUUAUACUUAGACUCUUUUCGAGGUAGUGGUUUGUUAUUACAAUAUGAUACAUCCUAGGAUUAAAUUACAAAUAAUUUAGACCAUCACUGGUUCUGUUGGUGGUUCAGUUGCCACCUCUGUGGUACUGGUAGAAGCUGGAGGUGGAAUGUUUCUUCUUGGUGUUUUUAGGAUAUCUGCUGGUUUCUCUUCAUCAUCAUUACUCGAUUGACUUGUGAAAAAGUUAUUGGCCCAUUUUGAAGCUCUUUCACCAUAAAUAAUCUCGAAGGCAUCUACAUUGAAGGUCAUGUAAGAUGAAAAUGCAACAAUAACCACCAUACAAGCAUCUAGGAAAAUAUUUCUUGUUAUUCCAAAGAAUAAUCCAAUCACAUCAAAUCCAAAUGAAUAGGUAAUCAGACACAACAAGACAACAAUCCAAGUAAUGAUGAAAAUCACUGUCACACCAAGAAUAAACUUGGUGAAACGAUAUUCAAAUACUGGUCUAUCGUCCAUCUUUCUCAAGGUCACCAAAAUUUUCACACCAUAAAACGAGAAACCAAUAGUAAAGGUCAUCAUGUAAACUAAACCAGCACAUGACAAUACAAUGUAAGCAUAACCAUAAUUACCAGUGGCAACAAAAACAAUCAAGGCAAUGACU